AUGGUGCGCGCCCUCACCCGCUCCGGCGCCAACCUCGUCAUCGCUGGUCGCCGCCCUGGCCCCAUCGAGGCCGCCCGCGACGAGGUCAUCGCCGCCGGCCAGGACGCCAUCGCCGUGCCCACCGAUGUCUCCAAGUCGUCGGAUGUCGACGCCCUGGUCGCGGCUGCCAUGUCCCAUUUUGGACGCGUUGACGUGCUCAUCAACAACGCUGCCAUGGUCGCCGAGAACGUGCUCAAACCCAUCUGGGAGAUCACCGACGACGAUUGGGAAUCAGCGAUGUCCGUCAACCUCUCCGGCGCUUUCUACUGUGCACGCGCCGCCGCCAAGCCCAUGGCCGACGCCGGUAAGGGCAAGAUCAUCAACGUGGCUUCCGGCUUCGGCCUCCGGGGUGGUCGCGACAUCUAUAUGUACUGCUCCUCCAAGGGCGGGGUGAUUCAGCUGACCCGUGUCCUGUCGUUCAGCCUGGCCCGCUACGGCAUCACCGCCAACAGCAUCGUCCCCGGCUUCAUACCAACCAUCGACCCGGGCGCCGACAUCAAUCGCACCCUGCCCCAGUCCGGCGACUUCCUGCCCACCGGCAAGCUGGGCAAGCCCGAGGAUCUGGGCCCCGUAGCCGUCUUUCUCGCGUCCGAUGCCUCCGACUACAUGACCGGCGAGAUGUUCAUCCUCGACGGCGCCGGCCUCGCUGCCGGCAUCACCCCCACUGGCCACGCGCCUCUUGCCGCGCUGGAACCGUGA